AGGGAGACAAUGAAGAAAGCGGGGAGGGGGGAGCUGGGCCCCCGCGGCUCCUGGGACGGCCGCCGCCGCCCGCUCAACGAGAGCUCCGCCAGGCGCGCAUCUCAGGGGUCUUUCCCCGGGCCGAGCUGAGCAGGCCGUGCAAAGCGAAUUGCGGGUGCGGUGCGCGGGGAGGGGGGGAGAUGCGUGCAUGGUGUGCGGGGGCGGGGGCAGCCGAGGCAGCUCAGCAGCAGCAGCAGGCGCGAGCGCGCACGCCGCCGCGCUGCAAGGAGGAGAGGCUGGCCGAGCGAGGCGCAGCCGAGGAAGGCGCUGGGCUCCCCCCCCCCGUCCUCCCCCGCGCCCGCCCGCCCGCAGAAGAAGCCCCAGGAGGACGCGCGAGCCAGCGGCAGUAGCAGCAGCAGCCGCAGCAGCAGCGGCCGCCUGGACGGGGACCAUGGAGGGCGCUUCCUUCGGAGCCGGCCGGGCAGGCGGGGCGGUGGAGCCGCUGGAGUUCCUCAAGCGGCCGCAGACCAUCCUCAGGGUCGUCUCGGGGGUCUUCUCCAUCAUCGUGUUUGGCUCCAUCAUCAACGAGGGCUAUGUCAACCAGAAAUCGAGCCCGAUCCUGCACUGCGUCUUCAACAGCAACGAGAGCGCCUGCAACUAUGGGGUCACCAUCGGCCUCGUCGCUUUCCUGGCCUGCUGCUUCUUCCUGGUGCUGGACCUCUAUUUCCAGCAGAUCAGCAGCGUGAAGGACAGGAAGAAGGUGGUGCUUCUGGAUCUCGGCUUCUCAGGUUUCUGGUCCUUCCUGUGGUUUGUGGCUUUCUGCUUCCUGACUAACCAGUGGCAGCGGACACCUGCCAGCAAGGGGGUGACCCACGGAGGAGAUGCCGCCCGGGCCGCCAUUGCCUUCUCGUUCUUCUCCAUCAUCUCCUGGGUUGCCCUGACUGUGAUGGCCCUCCAAAGAUACCGGCUGGGGACUGACAUGUCUCUCUUUGCCACGGAUCAGUUUCCCACCGACCCCAACGCGGGAUAUCCUGGCUUCCCCACAGGCAGUGGUGUCGAAAGCACAGAAACCUACCAGAGUCCGCCGUUCACUGAGACCCUAGAUACUAGUCCAAAAGGCUACCAGGUGCCGUCGUACUGAAGGGCAAAAGGUUCCCACGAGGGUGUAUACAAAACGGAAACCCGGCCCUGCCGAGCGGGCCAGGUUCCCUUCUCUGGUGCAGUAUAGUCAACUGGUUGGUUGCAAAGUGUAUUCAAAAGUACUGUUUGGUUUUAUUUUAUUUUUCCCUUUUCGGUUUUCUUUUUUAAAUGUGGCAAGUUAACGUGCUGGGUUAAAAUUACUCUUAGCUAGUGGUGCAGUGGAUUCUGUACAGUGGUAUUGGUUCUUGUCUUACCUGUCCAAGGGUAUUUUUAUAUAAACGAAACAAAACCAACAGUGUUCCCUCUAAGUGUGAAACUAAAGGAAGGUUGCUACUCCAAACUUGGGAUGUUUGCUUGUGCGCAAGAGAGCAGGCAGUUAGCCCCACCCCUGUUAGAAAUACCCCACCCCAGCCAAAUGAGGGGAUGCUUUCUCUCCUGCCUCUAGGGCCACGCCUGAAAAUGGUUUCUAGGAUCUUCAUUCGAGGGGCCUUCCAUCUCAAUCUGUCUCCAUAUUUUUUUAAAGUUUCUUUUCUUUCACACUCGUAGCAAAGGUCGUUUUAAGGAAUGUGCCAAAUUUACAAGCCAAAAAUUAUGGUUGUGUUGGUUUUAUUUACGUGUGUGUGCUUUUGUGUGUACAUAUUUGCCUAGAGGUUUACUGUACUAAAUGAGUGAUGAUAUGCUGCACAUCUUUGGAGUUUUCAGAGUGUCUUGACAUUUUUGUGCUACUUUAGAGCAAAAGAAACCAUUGCACUUGGAGAAGCAGUUCCGUGGUCCUGGUGGCAGCCAGCAAGAGCCUCUGGGGAGUGGGAAGUGUAGCAUUUGGAUCACUCAGAGGAGAGGAUGUGGCAGCCAGAAAGCCCCUGACCAUCUCUGCCCCAUGAGGGGAGGACUGGCUGCCAUCUCCUCCUCUUCCCGCAUGUCAGAAGCAGACACAGUUCAGGCAGGCAGGCAGGCAUUCCUUCUGAGAGCAGCAGCUGAGGGGGUGGGCAGGAGCGAAGGCUUCACUGCCGCACUGCUCGGCCACUUUUAGGAGGGUACCCUCAAAACAGCACCGGCCAAAUUGGCUAGGGAUGCCGCCUGUCACAGAACAUCUUUUGAAGUUGUGGGAUUUAGUUGUCAGGCCUUUACAGGGCGGGGGGAUAUAAAUGACCUGCAUUGCUAUAGUUUGAGAACUGCUUCACCUGACUGUAUAAAGAAAGCUUGGGGAAAAUUUCAGUGGCAACCAACAGAUCCAGAAAGACCCUGACACCUUAGAAACAGACCAGAAAGGCUAAAUUCCCCAUGAGAAACGUGAAUAGUAGGGGUUCCCAAACUCGGAUCCCCAGAUGGGGUUGGGCUACAAUUCCCAUCAUCCCCAGCCACAGUGACCAGGGGUGAUGGGAGGUGUAGUUCAGUGACAUCUGGGGACCCAGGUUUGAGGACCCGUGGUGUACACUUCAGCUGCAACUCUGAUCUCGGAAAUCCCACUGCAGAGAGAGAAGCAUCUGAAUCCAACCAAGAGUGAUCUGUGUGCCUAAGAAACUGUCCAUGUGCAUUGCUAAUGCACGGUCCCUAUCAGCAUUGUGCUUGAAAUGCACUUCAGUGUUUGGAAUUUCUAGUUGUUGUUACCCCCAACUAGCUGCCUAUUGCCAGAGCUGGAUCGGGGCCAUUGUUUAUCUCCUGGACUUUGGGACUUUCCAUCCAGCUGGAAGAUGCUUCCAUUAUUGAACAUACCAUUUCUGCAUACCUUUCUCACUCGGUGUAUUUUGUUGGUUCGUUCUGUUUGCUGCUACUGCAGGUUUCAAGCCACAGGCCCUGAUCCAGCCCUAGUCGCAAGUAUGCUUGCUGUUAACACAUGAUUAGACCUGCGGAAAUUCAGGCAGAGUCACGGCUUUGAAUGCCACUCAGGAUGCAAAUCCCAUUCAGAGCAAUUCGAGGGUGGAUGGAUCUAGCAAGCGAAACAUCCACGUGUGCAAGUCUCUUUAAGUGCACAGAUCUCAUGGGCUGGAUUUGGGCGAGGGCGUUUUACUUUCUAAAUCUUGAAUGUUAAACCACCUGAGUUUACAGCCAUCCGCUCAAAAUAGUUUCCUCUGUUGCAAAAAAUAAAGUGUUUUCCCCGUCACUAGGAAGCGUGCUUUCAUUGGAAGCUGGUGCAGUAUUCCAAGUAGAAACAGCCUUUUCUGGCAAACGAGGCCUUUUGAGUGGUUAACGAGCCUUCAUUUUCUUGGUGGAUGUCAGAUAUUUUCAGGAGACAACUAAAUUGGCUACGGCAGGGGUUCUCAAGCUUGGGUCCCCAGAUGUUGCUGGACUUCAACUCCCAUAAUCCUCAGACACACUGGCCAGAGGCUGUGUGUGGGGAUUAUGGGAGUUGUAGUUCAGCAACAUCUGGAGGAACCCAGGUUGGAAACCACUGACCUAGAACCUUUGGAGUCAGGCGGUGAAUUAACGAACGAACGAACUAACUAACUAGAACCCCCUGGGCUGCAGGGUAAAGAUUCAUGCUUCAGCCUCAAGUACUACACAUUUUACAGCAGAACAUGAUAAGGGUCCAUCUUGCUAGCCCCAAAAAGGUAACCCCCCACACUGUAUUGAGGAUUAUUUGAAUACAGGGUACGAGGAGAACUGUAGCAAUAUUGUCAUUAGAGGGAACACUGGCAUUUUAGCAGCACAAAAAGUGAUGUUUAAAUAUUUUGUGGGGGUGGGGAAAAAACCUAUAACGAAUCUAAAUGUUUCUUUGAACUGAUUGUACCUGUGAAAUUAAUGUCUGUUCAGUACAGUGUAUUUUUACAGAUAAAGAAACCCAUUCCAGAGUAUCCUUGUAUUACAUGUACACAGCAAAACUAAAGGACUAUGUUCCAUCUGACUGGUA